CCAAAGGAGGGGUGGACCUCCCCAUCUAUCGCUGCGCCCGGGGCUGCAAGUCGCUCGAGUCAUUCUAUGUUUACCUGGACAGGUUUAUUCCAGACACUUCUGCCAAUGACUGUCAUUUUCAGAUGUACCUGUUGCAGGCGCUAACGCGCUGGAACCAGGACCAGACUCGGGUGGCAGCAGGUGAAGGGAGUACCAUGGGUAUGAGCUCUACAGAGCUCAAGAAGCAGAAACUCAACCAACUGAGACAGCAUUUGCUGGGAGAAACGCUGCCUGAGACGACCAAACCACUGCUGUAUACAGGGGAACUGAUGGGGAUAAAUUACCUGUACAGUCAAACUGGUCGAAAGCUGCAUGCGUUUCCAGAUGACCCAGAGGAGCCAGACUGUUCAGAGAUUAAGUUGCCAGAUGAAGUCAUGUCUGAGGAAGACUGGCCUCUUAAUGUCUUACACAAGGAUGUGGAUGAGGGCUUCGAUGAGUUGGAGCCUGUCCAGGAAGCACCUGGUCUCCAGGAAGAGGCGGUGGGACCUGACGUGGCCCCUGGGUACCAACAUGUGGUCCGAUUGGCUCAAAGGCUAAUAAUGUUUGCCAGAAAGGGCUACAUCACCAAUGUUGAAGUCGAAGAGAUCAUACAUCUCUGGAUGAACCUCUCGGAGGACGAUAAGCGACCCGUAGCUUGUCCCUCUAAAGAAAAAGAUUCCCCGACUAGGGGUAGGGGUCGAAGUCCUGCUGCCAGCUGUGUCACAGGAACAGACGGCACUAUGUCCCUUUUACCCGACGCCAGCCGCCUGGUGGAGGCCAUCUUUAAGGAACUCUCCAUCCUUCACCCAACCUUGCAGAGGAUCAUGGGUGUGGUAAUAUACCGAUGGUCCCUGGUUUUGAGGCAUUAUAACUCUAUUAGAAACGUGGUAAUGAGCCAUCCAACCCUCCGAUCCAGGACCACCCUCAAUCUGUUUGCAAUCAACCAGGUGACCGCCGCUCAGUGGCACAAGAGAUUUAUGCCCAGAGACAAGAUGACCACCCCCGUGGUUGCUGUGGCUCCACUAGAGGUUACGGUAACAUCAGUGGAGUCCUCGCCGGUUGGCCAGGAGCCUAAGAUGGACUCGAGAAUCUUCUCUGUCAAUCAGAACCUACUGGUGUCUGCAAAAGACCCUGAAGUGGCACCGUCACACACCUCUCCUGCUCCUGCUCCAUCUACCAGCAUCUCCAUGGUGGGGGAUGCUGAAGUCCCCGACUUCACCACACAUACCCCACAGUCCACGGCUUCGAAAAAGAAAGCACGUCUCCCAGAGGUGGAAGUUGCAGCAAAGUGGGGGCAGAUGCUGAAAGUGAAAUCUGUCUGCAUCAAUUUCUGCAGGAGCUGUGGGGAUCGGAAAAUUAAAGAGACGGGUCACAGAAUUCUGAGAAUUGCAGACGGGAAGAGGCUGAACUAUUGUCCCCGGGAAGCAAAGGGAAAGAGUCCAGAGGAAUGGCUGGCCUCUCUGCGAUUGUAAUAGGGGUUGUUGAACUUUUCAAUACUUAAGUCAACACGCAUUCACCUGAAAAUCUAUAGAAACGGAGCCGUUUUCAUCUCCCUACGUUGGCACACAGCUUCACACAGGACACUUAACUGCCUUCCUUCUCUUGCCACAGCUCACUUGGCCAAUAAAGGAUGGUUGAAACUUGAGCAACAAAGCAAUUAUCUCCAAACAUGUUUUAGUUAAAAAUUUGCUUUUUUCGGCAGAGACACAGGAAAAGCCACACAAUGUUGAUGAUUCCUGAUGCUAGCGGUGCUGAAAUUAAUAAACUUGACCGUGAUGAUGUAAAGUUUCUAUACUUUCAACAACUGUAUUAACCAUGCCAGAGGGCAAAAGCUAAUGAGGAACCCAUGGCGUACUCUCCCGCCUUCCUGUAGUUUAACACCAAGGUCACCAGAAACGGAGAACCCCAAAAGAACUGCUGCUAAAUAGAUCUGCAUGAAACAGAUAUUUGUUUACAUUAAAUGAAUAUUGGCUUAUAUCAGAAACAUAUGCCCUAAUAUUGGUGAAAACUGACCAAUAUCAACUGCAAGGAACCCACAAUUUUCUGACUUUUUUUGCUAUUACAAAAUGUUUCCACUACUCUGUGUACUCUUAUUAGCAUCUCAGCUAAUAAGAGUACAGCAGACUUAUCUUCUGGUAGGUUCACGAUGCUUGAAUUGUAACAUUCUACCACAUUUCCUUCCAGCAAUACUUUCUGAUUUAUAUCCUAUACUCACACUGAUAUUGCACUGACAAUUGACAUUUAUUUUGUGAAGCUAUGUUAAGAAAGCAGUUUUAAAAUGGCUUGUUCAGCUAAAUUGAAGGUACAUACUUCAGGAUUUCUAUGGACUCUUGGGAAAAAAUAUGGAAUUGCAUUAUUGUAUUUUCUCAGGUCUGAGUGAGUAAAAAAAUCCAAAAAUAAGUGGACAGACAAAAACGUUUUAAUUUCCAGACUUCAUUCAAGUGUUAAUGCCAUUCAUUCUGUAUUUUUCCAUCAGAUGUUCUGCCUUCCUUCCUUAGUGUUGAUUUCAAUAAGUUUAUGAUAUAAAAAUGUAGAUUUGGACAUUUGCUCUUCUUUGACUUCAAUUUUUGCUAAUAUUAGUUUUACAGGUCUUUUUUUCCAUCAUUAAAAUUUGAAAAUGUG